AUGCUAAGAACACCCAAAUUUCUUGCUUGGGGGGAUACAUCAAGGAGGAUAUGUAAUCGGAAGCUUUUGGAAGGAGUGCGAUAUAUAUGUGGUAGUGGAGUCAAGCCACUUGCCAGGAAUGUCAAGUUGGAACACGAACUGUGGAAGGCGAAGGUAGGGGGACGUAAUCCAAAAACGAAACUAUCGAGACAGGAGCGUAUUGAUAGGAUAAAUAUGCGGAAUCGGAGCAAGCUCCAGGACCUUGAUAACGAGUUUGGGAUUUUCAAUGGUGAUGUAACGAAAGUGCUUGAUUUGGGGUUUGUGCCAGGAAACUGGAGUGAAUUUGCUCGUUAUAGACUAUGUCAGGUACAUGGGGUUGACGAAGACAAGUUUCACGAAAAAUGCCAUAUAUUGGGGUUUGAUAUCCUAUUUGGCACCCCACCACUAGGUGUUUCGUCCAUGCAAGGGAAUAUCUUUUCCAAAUCUGCACACGGUCUUAUAAUGCUGCAUUUUAAAGAUAUUGCAAUGAGGAAAGCCGUUCAGCCAAAAGACACCAAUAAAGAUGAAAUGGACGAGUUUCAACAAUCAUAUUAUUUCAAGGAGCAAACCGAAUCAUUGAUUGAACAACAGGUCAGUGACUUAUCGGAAGAUUUUGGCAGGUUAAAAGUUACAAAUAGGGAAAAGGAAAUUGACUAUAAACCUGAUUUGAUUCUAUCUGAUUUGUCAGCGCCUUUCAUGCAAGCAAAAGGAUUUUUCAACAAUACCAAUUCCAAACCGUAUUUGCGAACGGCUGCGAAUCCAAUACUAAGUAGGACUAUAACAGAUGAGGAGAAGUCUGCAAUAGAUUCAGCAGAUGCUGCGUUGAUUUUAGCCUGCGACAUUUUAAAACAAGGUGGCACCUUGAUACUUAGACUUUCUAAGGUGGAUCCUGAUGAUGCUGAAAUUAUACUUUUGGAAAGUAGGCUCGACAAGGUUUUCAAUCAUGUCUUCAAAUGGAAUAGGAGUGGCUUGUUUGACGAGCAAAGUUAUAAACCACAAGAUGCUUUUUAUGUUUGUAUGGAUAAGAUUGAUGAUGUGUGUGAUAAAAAGCAUGUCUUUAUGAUUUAA